AUGAGUAUUACCCAAGGCCUAAUCCACGGGGUGAAUUGGACACCUGCUACGGUAUCUGACACCCCUCUGGCCUUCCAAAACAUUGUGUUUCUGGUGAACCCAAAUGCAAAUCCGGAACAAUUGCCACACUACCAACAACAGCUGGGCGAAGCGGGGUAUACAACAACUGUCGUCAAAGACGCCAUUCAGCUCGAGUCCCAUUUAAGGUCUGGAACAAUAGUCGUUCAUAUCCCAGAUGUGGCAAGGGACAAAGAUGGCGUCUAUGACGCUGCAAAGGCAUCCUGUGCCAGCUUGAUUGCGGCUGCGCGGAUAUUGUCGAAACACCGCGUGCAUAAGCUAUUUUCCGUGUUUGCUACACCAUCCGAGAUCGCUGAACUCGGCUAUGCCCCUUUGUAUGGCUUAGCACGGGUCCUGAAGAUGGAAGUGCCCGACAUAUUUGGCGGACUAUUUGAAGUUGACUCGGGAUCAUUCCCACUUAAGUCGCUAAAAUAUGCACGGGGCUUUGACGUCGUUCGGAUAUCUCAGAGCAUGCCCCAUACAGCUCUCCUGCAGCCCAUUACGAACGAGCCUGACGAAGCCGUUGCGCAACUUCGGCUGCAAACUGGAGGCACAUACCUCAUCACUGGCGGCACACGGGGAAUGGGGUUGGAGAUUGCAAAAUGGAUGGGCAAGCGGGGCGCUGGCAAUCUUGUAUUGGUGUCACGCCGGGGACUAUCAGAGGGGCCCCAGAGCAGCCUGAGCAAUGACAAGAACGAAGCGCUGGCAUCAUGUGUUAAGGAGCUCGAAGGUCAGGGAGUCACCGUGCAUGUCUUGGCUAUUGACCUCUCUCUUCCUGAAGCACAGAAGACGCUGCAGCAAGCCAUUGAUGGUCUGCAGCUUCCACCAGUCAAGGGAGUCGUUCAUGCUGCCGGAGUUGCUGGAUACCACACGCUGGACCGUUGUUCGCCGUCCGACCUCGAUAACACCAUGGCUCCCAAAGCGCUCGGUGCCCUAGCGCUCGACAGUAUUUUCCCACCCGGGAGUCUGGACUUCUUCCUGCUCACCUCGUCCGUGGGACAACUUGUUGGAUUCCCAGGCCAGCUCACGUAUGCACCGGCUAACGCUUUUCUGGACGGAUUCGCCGUCUAUCGACGACGACAGGGCGAUGCCUGUACCUCCAUUCAGUGGACUUGCUGGCGUGGGGUGGGACUAAUGGCGCAGAACAAGUCGGCAAUUCGAAUGAUCCUUCGAGGUAUGCAGGCUCGGGGCAUUGCCGACAUAAGCCCGGAGGAGGCCCUCGCUGCCUUGGAACGUGUCAGUCAGCUCUCCACUGAUCAAGUGGCCGUCGUUCGAGCGGUGACACUUGAAGCUGAAGAGCCACUGCGACACCCCAUCCUGCAAAACAUCACACCCCGGAAAUCCGCUCAGAAAAGCUACCUAGACUAUCCUGUCCACUCUGUGGCGAUCGUCGGAAUGUCAUGUCGUACCGCUGCAGGCGACACGGCCGAUGAUCUAUGGCGGGUGAUUCAGACCGGGCAGACCACAGUACGGGAGAUUGAUGCGAGCCGCUUUCCUGAGGCUGCCACGAGAAAAGGUCCCAAGCUCUGGGGAAACUUCCUGUCUGAUCCCAAAUCCUUUGACCAUGGAUUCUUCAAAAAGUCCAAACGCGAAUCCGCCGCCCUAGACCCUCACCAAAGAGUACUGCUAGAGACGACCUAUCAUGCGCUCGAGUCGGCGGGAUGGCUAGCGCAGGAACAACUUCCUGAGACUCAUGAAUGGAGCUUAUCCAGGGACAUUACGGGCUGUUUCAUUGGCAUGAAUGCUCCAGACUAUCCUCUCAACCUCGCGUGCCACCCUGCUUCCCCCUACACAGGAUUUGGAAUGCUGCGCUCGUUCGCCGCAGGUCGCUUGAGUCAUCAUUUCGGAUGGACUGGCCCUUCGCACACCAUUGAUACGGCUUGUUCGUCGGCUAUGGUGGCGAUUCACCAGGCCUGUCAGGCCAUUUUAGCAGGGGAAUGGGGCUUUUUAAGUGAGACUGGCCCUUGUAAGACCUUUGACGCGAGGGCAGACGGGUACUGUCGAGGUGAGGCUGUUGGGAUUCUCGUUCUCAAGCCUCUAUCCCGAGCCCUGCAGGAUGGCGAUGAGAUCCACGGUGUUCUCUUAGGCACGGGAAAUAACCAGAAUAUCAAUAACACGAGCAUCACCAACCCGGUGCUGGAGAGCCAAGCUGCGCUCUACCGCGGUGUGUUAGCCCGUGGCGGUAUCACUCCCCACCAGGUAUCCUACGUUGAAGCCCACGGCACCGGAACGCGCGCUGGUGAUCCGGUCGAAGUUGAAGGAAUCCGGCAGGUACUAGGGGGUCCUGAGAGAGGGUCUCUCCUGCACAUUGGUGGAGUCAAGGCCAAUAUUGGACACUCGGAGGGGGCUUCGGGAGUGAUCUCUCUGAUUAAGGUCCUGCUGAUGAUGAAACAUCGCCAGAUUACUCCUCAGGCGAACUUUGAACGGUUGAAUCAGAACAUUGCUGCUUUGGAGCCGGACCGCAUGGCCAUCUCAACCUCGCUUCAGGAGUGGCGCAGCCCGAGUGGUCCACUGGUUGCUCUUGUCAAUAGUUAUGGUGCCUCCGGGAAUAAUGCUGCCGCUCUGGUGGCCUCGCCGCCGCCACUGCUUACAUCGUCUGCAUCACCCACCUCGCUUGCCAGUCCAGGAACACCUUCGGCAUGGCCUGUCCUGAUCUCUGCGGCAUCCAAAGCCAGUCUCUCGGCUUAUUGCCAGAAGCUAAAGGAGCAGGUUGUGCAACCCACGUUACGACCGGAAAUGGGUGUUCAUCUAGCAUUUCAACUCGCAACCAAACAGAAUCGGCAGCUUGACUAUCUUUUCGCGACUACUGCCACAUCGCUGCCGGAGCUGGAAGUCCAGCUGUCGACUCCCGACAAUCACACCAUGACGCUUACCACUUCUCCCCAGCCUAUUGUCCUUCUUUUCAGCGGACAGAAUGGAAACAGCGUUCCGGCUGCUCAAUCGCUGUAUGAUGCGUCGGUGACUUUCCGGAAAUACCUGCACCGCUGUGAUGAAGUGGUAAAAUCCCUGGACGGACCCAGCCUGUUCCCGGCCGUGCUAGACGGUAUCGAUGGCGGCGACGACAUCAUACUGCGCCAUGCUGCUGCGUUUGCUAUCCAAUACUCAUGUGGAAUGACGUGGCUCGAUAGCGGAGUGAAGCCGCAGGCAGUCUGCGGGCAUUCGUUUGGGGAAUGGGCCGCAUUGACCGUCUCGGGUACGAUGACGCUUGAGGCAGGGAUGAAGCUUGUUACUGGACUUACACUAAUGGGAGAAACAGGACGCGCAUCCAUCAUUCAGAAGUUUUGGGGUCCUGACCCUGGGUCGAUGGUUGCCAUCGAGGCGGAUCUUGUGGGGACGAGAACAACACCCAGCCAACAUCUUGAACCCUUCCGUCGUAAGCACCCCAAGUCCACCUUCGAUAUCGCCUGCUACAAUGGACCCAAUCACUACGUUGUGGCCGGACGCACGACGGACAUCGACCUGCUGGAGGCAGAUUUGCAGGAGGAGAAGAGUCGUGGGGCGAAGCUCCGGUUCAAGGUGCUGCGUGGCAUGCAUGCAUAUCACUCCAUCAUGGCAGACUCGAUCAUCCAACAAUGUGCCCAACUAUCGGCUACCAUACCAUUUCAGACCCCAACCCUCCCCUUCGAAUCAUGCCACAAAGAUCCGUGGACUGGCCCAGGGACAAAUGUUAUUGCCCGUAACACACGAGGCCCCGUCUUCUUCGCCGACGCAAUCGACCGCAUCGUCACCCGGCUGGGAGGCUCGUGUACGUUCCUCGAGGCUGGCAUCGGGGGACCCAUCGUCGCCAUGGCACGGAACGCGCUGUCUCAUUCACUAUCGCCAUCCCAACAAUCGUCACAUAGCUUCGUGGCCAUCGGAGGGAAAGACCCUAUUCGCGGAUUGGCCGAGGCAACCGUCGCGCUCUGGCGCAACGGUCAUCCCUUUGUACAGUUCUGGCCCUUCCACGCAAAACAGCGGGAGAGCUAUCUGCCUGUGACCCUACCACCGUAUCAGUUCGAGAAACACCCACAUUGGCUGGAAUAUAUCCCUCCCCUAUCUAGCGACCGGAACCCGCAGCCGUCGCAGCCGCCGGCAUCCUCUCAGCGCUCGGGGCCAUGUCCGCACUGCGGCAAGGAAAUCAGUCAGUAUCCCUACAUCGCAUUGAACGUGACAUCUCCCAGCCAGGAUUAUCGCCUACUGGCAACCUUCCGGAUCGACCCUCGGAGUCAUCGGUAUCAGGAACUGGUGAAGGGUCAUGUCGUCGUAGGGUCGCCGAUCAGCCCUGCGGCCAUGUACCUGGAGUUAGUAGCUCAUGCAGUGGUCCAGGCUGGACACAUGGGUGCAGCCUCCCUCUCAAGCGAGGGACAUGAUAUCUGGAUUGAGGCACUGGAAAUCAAGGCGCCGCUGGGGCUGGACCCGCAACGGUCUGUCUUGCUGACGUUAAACCGAAAGAGCGACGGAGUGCUGGCGUUUGAGCUGUGCUCGACCAACCCUUUUAACGAAAAUGUGGCCGCAUCCAAGCCGACUUCCCAUGCGACGGGUGUUGUCAUCGUGGGGGCGAAGAAUAGCCAUAUGCCUACAGAAGCUACAAAUCGAUGGGCACGUUUGACUCACCUCCUUGAGAGAGAACCGGAUAUUGACGCACUACGUGGUGCGAUGGUGUACAAGGUGUUUUCCACUAUGGCCAAGUACUCUGCGGGAUAUCGAGGCCUUCGAUACAUCGUGGGCAAAGGAGGAGAAAGCGCUGGUAUCAUCUCAAUGCCAGUGGACGCGGAGCGGGAUGAGCGAGCCCGCUCCCCCAACGAUGGCAUUGCGGAUCCAAUGGUCCUGGACAACUUCUUGCAAGUGGCUGGGGCCUUUGUGCACUCCCUUCGCGUGACGGACAGCCCAGAUGAUGACGAAAGCGACAUGUCGUAUAUCUGCACGGGGAUGGGGUCCGUGGGUCCUUUGGCGAAGCUGCCGGGCGGUGGGUCUUACCGGGCGUACGCGAAGAUCCAGCGCGAGGAUCAGAAGGAGGUGGCGCUGGAUCUUCUUGCAUUUGAUACGGAUACUAGAGAGGUGGUUUGGGCCGUACAAGGGCUGAAGUUCUCGAGGGUGCCUCGCCCUUCGCUGGCGAGGGCAUUGGCCGCUGCAAACCCAUCUACCGGGGAGGAAAUCAGGGGAGUACAGGCAAAGCCUGCGGGUCAACAGGUGGCUUCUCGAAAAGUUAUGGACCCUAAAGUUGAUCAACUUCUUACUUCUCUCUCCCCUCCCUCACAUCCUCCUCCACCGGUUAUACCCCAGGGGCUGGAUAUCCUAGAUGGGGUUCGACAAGUACUCAGCAGAUCUCUGGACGUGCCCCCCGACGAUGUCAGCAAACAGGCGACGCUGGAGGAGCUUGGAACUGACUCACUGGUCAGCGCGGAGAUUCAGGCAGGUAUUGGGGAACGGUUCGGCAUUGACAUCUCCACGGAGGAGUUCGCAGCUCUAACCACCGUGACGGAUCUGUGCGAUCUGGUCCGGAGCCGCUUGGGGAGCGAUGCCGGGGAUUCUGGCGUCGCCAUGCAGCCAUCUGACUCCGGGGAUGAUACCGGCGAUGAGAUCAAUACGGAAUGGCAAAAGACCGUCUUUGAGAUUCUCAGCCAUUCUCUUGAGGUGCCUGUCGCCAACAUUCAGCUAGACUCAGCUCUCGAGGAUCUAGGCACCGAUUCGCUCAUCACGCCCGAAAUUCUUAGCAACAUCAAAGAGUCCUUGAAUGUUGAGCUCUCGUCGACCGAGUUCGCAGCGUUAGUGGAUGUCCGCUCCCUGCUGACUUUGCUGGCUGGUGCUCUGGGGGUCGAUAAUGCCAGACUGACCCCGGCAACCGGCUCAUCUAGUGCUUCGGAUACAGUGAGACUGGAUACUAAAUCCAUGCAUACUGCCUUCCAGGAGGUCCGGCGCAAUUUCGACGCCCAUGCCAAGAUCUUUCAGCUGACCGGCUACUGGGAGCAGGUCUACCCUGUGCAGUUGCAGGCCGUGGCAGCUUUCAUUCUGGAUGCGUUUGAGAAGCUGGGAUGCCCAAUUCGCACGUUCCAGCCCGGUGAGCGCCUGCCGCCUCUGCAGGAAACCCUACCUAAAUAUCAUCGCGAAGUCCGCCGGCUGUGGGAUAUCCUUCAGGAAGCUGGCAUUGUCGAGAAUCAGGAAGCCAAUAUUUUUGUCCGCGGGCCUGCACAGUUGGACUGCACGCCCGUCAAGCCGGCAGCCCAGCUGAGCCAGGAAUUGAUCGCGGCAUUCCCUCCAUUCGCAUCCACCCAUGGCCUACCCGAUCUGCUCGGACCACACCUUGCCGAGUGUCUGACAGGUCAAGCCGAUCCCGUGUCCCUCCUGUUUGGCAGUGAACAAGGCCGCCACCUCCUCGAAGACUUCUACGCAAACGGGCCCGACCUCCGCGCCGCCACGCAGGUCCUCUGCGACUUUGUCUCCGCUGCCAUCAGCGCCCACGCGCAAACCGUCGGGGGUGACGGAGGCGAGCCUUUCCGCAUCCUCGAAGUCGGCGCUGGCACCGGAGGCACGACCAAGCACCUCAUCCCGCUCCUGCAGGCGACUGGCCUCCCCUUCACCUACACCUUCACCGAGCUCUCCGUCUCCCUCCUGGCUCGCGCCCGACGCACCACCUUCGCCGGCACCCCUAACAUGGAAUUCCGCAAAUUCGACCUCGAGGCUACACCGGAACCAGAGCUGCACGGCCGCUACCAUCUGGUCAUAUCCAGCAACUGCGUUCACGCCACCCGAGAUCUCCGCCGCAGUCUGCAGCAUAUCCGGCAGCUUCUCCGCCCACACGAUGGAUGCGUAGCCUUGGUCGAACUCACGCAGAAGCUGGCCUGGUACGACCUAGUUUGGGGCCUACUGGACGGAUGGUGGCUUUUCGACGAUGGGCGGGACUACGCGCUACAGAGUCCAUGGGCCUGGGAACGCGCGAUGCGCGAUUCUGGCUUUGCGCACGUCGACUGGUCCGAAUGCGCGAGCCGAGAAAGUCGCAGCGUGCGCGUGGUGUGCGGCUUCACCAACAGCAGCCCCGAGAAGCAUCAGCAGCUCAAAGCGCCAUCGACGCUGUUGCAUCGGGCAACAACUUCCUCGACCGGAGGGCACAAUCUGUUCCUCUGCCCGGACGGAUUCGGCGCCGGGGCGGUGUUCACGGCGCUGGCGCCGCACUUGGCAAGCGUGCCGGAUGUCUCAGUCUAUGCUCUUAGCAGCCCCUUCGUGGCGACGGCAAUGGACCCCACCGAUCUCGACCAGGUGCCCUCCAUCGAGGAGCUGGCUGGGAUCUACGUUGCGGAGAUAAAGCGGCGACAGGCCACAGGACCGUACACCCUGGGUGGCUAUUCGUUCGGCGGGGUGGUGGCCUUUGAGGCGGCGCGCCAGCUGCUGGAGGAAGGCGAUAUUGUGGAGCGGAUGGUGCUGAUCGACUCGGCGUGUCCGACCUUCGCGCACUCCAUGCCUUUCGAACUCGUACAAUUCUUGGACGCUAUUGACGCUACAAACAAUCGCGGCCAUGGGCCCGUGGGGGCCAGCACCCACUUCACCUUAGCCCGGGAGCAGCUGCGCCGGUACCGCGUGCGUCCGCUGCCAGGACCGACCAAGGGCCUCAUCCGGGACGUGGUGCUCUUCUCGGCGCGCGAGGGUGUAGAUAAACAGGACUCGGUCCCGCGGCCUCAGGUGCGGCACGCUGAACAAAGUAUUGUGGAUUGGUUCUUGGAUGAUCGGACGGAUGAUAGUGCGCUGGGGUGGGAAGAAUUGCUGGAUAAUGUGAGAGUGGUUCGUACUGAGGGUAAUCACUUUUCUAUGAUGAUGACGCCGUGGGUAGAUUCAUGGGGUCCGAAAUUGGCAAAUGUCUUGGUUGCCUAG